GUGCAGCUGACUAGUGACUAGUUGCUGAAGACUCGUUAAAGAUGAGAGACCACCGGCUCAAAUCGUGGCAGCGGCAGCUCGUAGAGGCAUCAAAGGCACCUGCAACAGCGUCAUCAAAGGCACCUGCCACAGUGUAACGGCAGCUGACCCAGGGUUCUGUUGACACCGGAAGUGUCGCUACUAGUUACCACAGUCACGAGCUGAGCUUGCCCUUACUGUGACAGCUUCAACAAACUUCUCUGCAGUGAAUCUAGUGUAAACAACAGCAGCGUUAACUUUCUGUCCCCACGUGUUCACGAUGGAGGAGGAAACGCAGUCUUCUACCAAACGUAUUUUUAUCAACGACGUGGACAAAUACUCGUCCAGACACAUCGCCAAGUUUCUAUUCACGUGUUUGACCGAAGACAAAGUUGCUGGAGCCUCGUUUGAGAUCAGAGGAACCGUUUCCUCCAGAGAGGAGUUCAGCUUCCCACUGGAGCGGUACAAAUCGCCCACUCGGGAGGAGCUCCUGGAGCGGCUGCUGGAGUGUGAUGUGGUCGUGUACAACAUCUCAGAAAAUGCAACACAUAAGCAGCUUGAAGAGGCAACGUGGGCGUUAAAAGCCCUGCAUGCUGAGAUGGGAAACUUCACGACCCACAAAUUGUUCAUCUUGGUCUCGACAGUGAUGACCUGGGCCUUGACCAAGCCACAGAACAUGGAGGACACAGACGUUCUCAUCACAGAACAAGAGUUCAGGAGAAGACGACCUCAUCGCAGUUUCAAAAGCCACAACAACCUGGAGAAGCUCGUGCUCAAACUGGGCAAAGAGAAAAAGUCCAAACUCACGGGUUAUGUUGUAGGCAGUGGUCUUCAGUACGGAAUGGGGGAGAAUCUCUUUCACUACUUUUUCAAGGUAUCUUGGUUGAUGAUGUUGCCAAAAGUCCCCAUAUUUGGAGAUGGCAAAAACCACAUCCCCAUGAUUCACGUGUAUGAUCUUGCCGGAGUGAUUCACAACAUCAUCGAACUGACUCCGAAGUCAAAGUACAUCCUCGCUGUCGAUGAUUCUAAGACAACGCUGGAGGAAAUUGUAAAGACGAUAAGUGAGACACUUGGUCCCGGGAAAAUUUACAAUGUGCCAGAGCUGGAAGCCAUCGCCAUGGAGGCUUGUCAGCCCAGCGAGCUGGAGUACUUGGGCAUCAACCUCAGCCUGGACAUUUUCAUAAUAAAAGACUCCUUCAACCUCCACUGGAAGGCUGAGGCUGGGAUGGUUGAGAACAUCGAGAGCAUCGUGGAGGAAUACAAAAACACCAGGCAGCUACUUCCCAUCAGGAUCUGCCUGGGCGGACCUCCAUCUGUGGGUAAAACCACGAUCGCAAAGAAGCUCUGCAAUCAUUACAAGAUCCACCACAUCAAGAUUAAGAAGAUGAUCGAGGAAAAGGUGGCGAAACUGAAGGAGUUGGGGACUGGAGAUGAAUCUGAAGAUGAGAGUGAAGAGGUGGCAUCUGCUGCUCGCGCACAACUGGACAAUAUUAACAAAAGCAUGGAAAUGCAUGCAGGACGCCUGGAAGACGAACUGAUUUUUGAGAUUUUGCAAGAAAAGCUGAAUUCUAAGCCGUGUAGGAACCAAGGAUAUGUUCUGGACGGCUUCCUGAAGACCUACACUCAAGCAAAGCAAAUUUUCCAUGAUGACAACCCAGAGGAACAGGAUACGACGAUGAAAGAACCAGUGUUCAACAAGAACAUCACUCCAGAGUUUGUUAUUGCCUUAGAGGCGACGGACGAUUUCCUGACACAAAGGGUACUCGGUCUCCCGGAGAGUGUCGCGGAGAAGACACGUUGCACCCAUGAUGAAUUUCUCCCUCGCCUGAAGAAAUACCGACAACUCAGUACUGCUGAAGAAAAGCUGCUGGACUACUUUGACGAGAUUGAGAUUUACCCAGAGCACAUUGAGGUCGCCACAGACGACCCAGAGUACAAAGAGGUGAUGAAGCAAAUCAUUGCGUCCGUGGGGCCCACCAAGAACUAUGGCCUGAGUCCGGAGGAGCAGGAGGCGGAGAGGAGAAAGAAAGAGGAGGAGAUGAGGCUGAGAGUGGCUGCAGAGAAUGCGGAGAAGAAACGCAGGAAUAAGACUGCGCUGGCUGAGAUGGCUGCUCAGUACGAGGAGUGGCAGAAGAAUUUGUCGGAGGUGAGGAGGCAGGAGGAAGAGCUGAUGGAAGCUCACUCUCUUCCUCUGAGGAACUACCUGAUGAAGCACGUGAUGCCCGCCCUCUCUGAGGCCAUGGUCGAGUGCUGCAAGAUCAAACCAGAGGACCCCGUCGACUUCUUGGCGGAACAUCUCCUGAAGAAGAACCAGGGAUAGAUGUAUAUCACGAAGAGUUGUUUUCAUUUCCCAUCACCUGAGGCUGUGUUUACUUUACAGCAUUUCAUGAAUAAUGUCAAUGAAAUUAGCGACGCUCGAGUGUCACAGGCUCAAAAUGAAUAUGAGGAUUCAAACAUCAUCAUUCAAAUAAUCUGAUCACAGAUAUUAUUCAUAAAAAGGUUUUUAUUUACAAAACAGCAAUGACAUGUUCAGAUUCUUUGCAGUGAGUAGUUUCAUUUUACUACAGCUCUAUCAUGUGUGUAUCAAUUUGUGUUGUUUUUUCUUUUCUAUAUACUUUAUAAGACAAUAAGAGCAAACUGCAGCUUGUCCUCAAUUCUCAGCUCCGAGACGUGCAAGAAUAAAUAAUAAUGUUAACAAAAGGUUCAUGUGUUUCUCACGUUCUAAUCAGUGUCAGCAAAAAUGUUAGUGAGUUAUGAGCAUGUAUCUGAAAGUGCUAAUUCAUGCUUGACAUGCAUUUUUAAUAAUCAAUAAAUAUUUGCACCUGUAAA